AUGGACACCCGGACUGUCCAGCUUCUGGCGAUUCCCUGGCUUUCCCUCAGAGCCUCAGAUCUGGGGCCUGCCUCCCGAGCAAAGGUCGUCUCAGAAGGCUUGGGCUUCUCAAGGUCAACACACCCUAGCGAAGCCGCCAUCUUCCCCAGCAUCCGUGCCUCCCGCUCAUCCGCACCGGCCCUCCCAUCCCGUCGCCCCGGCCUGACCCGGGUCUCGGCGGGGCUCUCCCCUUCAGUCACCAACCCAGUCACUCUCGAAUCCUCUCAGACCCGUCUGUCCCCCACCCAACCCUCCCCAGUGUCACCCCACCGGUCCGCUUGGCCCCCCCACUUCCGGGUCUCGGCCAAGACCACACGCUUCACCACCGGCCUCCGAACAGACAAGAUGCAUCUACCUCACCUCAAUGCCUCACCUCCCUCCCCGCCUCCGCUCUCUCGGCCGAGCGCACGUUCCACAGCCCGUCCCGCUUGUUAUUUCCCAGAGCCCGGAACUGCCCCAGUCUGCCGAGUCACCCAGCAGCACCCUGGUCCUGGCGGAAGCCAGCAGAGAGCUUGUCGCACGGCUGCGCCCUGGGCAGCAGACGAGGAGGCACAGUUGUUGACUGCGGCACGGCUCAGCUGGGCGGUCCCCGGAUGUCUCUUAGGCAGCCGCACACCCAGCUUGAACUCCCAGCUUCCACUGCAGUUAAGAGUGACAAGAUGACAAAACUUUGUCCAUAAAUCACAAGUGUUGCAGGACAAGAUCAUCCUACUGGACAUGGACAUGGUGGGCGUCUACGAGAGCAAGACCCUCGACCAGGUGGGAAUCAUCUCAAGGUGAUCAGUCACCACCUAUAAUCCUGGGAAGCAAGUCGGCCUAGCCUUGGGGCCACCCCUUCCUCCUGCUUCAAACCCCUCAAGUAGCCUGCUUGGUUGUUGUAAAG